UGGAGCUGCCCGAAGGGGCACAGGGGAUGUACCCAGAGGUAUUUUUUAUCCCUCAUUGCUGCCACUCGGUUGCAGGAGGAAAUGCGGAUCUGCCAAAGGAAACAAACACCGUUCCUGUUUUCAAGAAGCAGGACAGGGAAAGGAAAGAAAAAAAGCAAGACUGUUCUGAAUGCCUCCAAAAAUCCUCCCUGCUGCUGUCUGCACCCAUCUUUGGGGCACCGACGUCGUCGGACGCCAGUGGGAGAGCUCUUGAGGCUGCCCCCCACCGCCCCCAAGAGCUGCCAUUGCUUUUCAUCAUCGCAGUUUUCCUUAAUAAGUCCAGAGUUCGCUUCGAGUCACUUCUGGCUCUGCCUGACAGCGCUGCUCGCUUCCACGACAGCAGUUACUCGUGUACCCCGCAGCACGCCCGAAGCUUUCGUGGCACCCGGUUCUCGGCACGGACACCGCUGCGCCCCGACGUGCCCCGCAGGGUCCCCCUGUGACACAACCGCACCGCGGUGCCCGGAGCCGGGAGGGUCCGAGUGAGGGUGUGCAGAGCUCCCCAUGCCCCUCCCGGCGCUCCCCGUCCCAUACUCGGGCACGGAGCCCCGCAGCGCGGCGCUGCCCCGACGGGGCGGGCGUGGGCCGGGCCGGGGGCGGUGCGCGGGGCUCGUUGCUCCGCCGGGCGGUGCGCGGGGCAGCGCGGAGCGGAGCUGCCGGAGCGGCGGGGCCGGGCCCGGCAUGCGCGGAAGAUGGCGGCGGGCAGGCGAGGGGCGCGCAGCGGGCUGCUGGAGCUGCGCGGUCCCGGCGGACAGUGGCUUCGCGUCCUGCUCACCCUGAGCGAUGACACCCUGAGCGUCAGCCCCGCCGACGGCCCCGGGCCCGGGGAGCCUCCGCCGGCUCAGCUGAACGGAGGGGAGCAGAGCUCCGGCGUGCCCGAGGCGCUCGCCAACAUCAGGCGCACGGUGCGCGUCGUCAAACAGGACGUGGGGGGGCUCGGCAUCAGCAUCAAAGGUGGCCGGGAGAACAAGAUGCCCAUCCUCAUCUCCAAGAUCUUCAAGGGACUGGCAGCAGACCAGACCGAGGCACUGUAUGUGGGAGAUGCCAUCCUGUCCGUGAAUGGCACUGACUUAUCCGAAGCCACUCACGACGAGGCGGUGCAGGCACUGAAGAAAACGGGCAAAGAGGUGGUGCUGGAAGUGAAAUACAUGAAGGAGAUCUCACCCUACUUCAAGAACUCGGCGGCGGGGCCGACAGUCAGCUGGGACCCGUCCCCUGCUGCCCCACAGAAGCACUCAUCAUCCCCCGUGCUGCCGCCCCGCGAGAGCCGCACGGUGCCGCUGCGGAUGUGCUGCGUGUCCCGCAAGUGCCUCCCUGCUGACCCCGAGCACAGGUACCUGGAGGUGUGCUCAGCAGAUGGACGCGUGGCUCUGUUCCUGCGGGCGAAGGAUGAGGCCACGGCACAGUCGUGGCUCGGGGCCAUCCAGAGCGCUGCGGGCGCGCUGCUGCCGCGGGUGAAGGACGAGCUGCGGGCACAGCUGGCGGCUGCUGGCACAGUGAGCGGCAGGGAUGUCAAGCACGUGGGCUGGCUGACCGAGCAGCUGCCCGGUGCCGGCACCAGGAACCUGCUGGCGGUGCUCACCGAGAAGGAGCUGCUGCUGUACGGCAGCCUGCCGCAGAGCCGCGAUGCGCUGGGCAAGCCGGUGCACAGCUACCCGCUCAUUGCCACCAGGUUGGUGCACUCGGGGCCGGCCAAGGGCUCGGCGCUGCUGGAGGCGGAGCUGGCGUUCGCGUUGCGGGCCGGCACGAGGCUGGGCGUGCAGAGCCACCUCUUCAGCCUGGAAAGCCCCCGAGAGUUGGCCCUAUGGACCCGCCUGCUGGUGGACGGAACCCACGGCGCCGCCGAGCUCGCUCAGGAGGUGUCCGCAGCGUGCACCUGGAAAGGGCAGGAGUGCACCCUGUCCAUCCACAUCGAUAAGGGCUUCACCAUCUCCGCCACGGAGCCGGGGCUGAGCAGAACCGUGCUGCUCCAGCAGCCCUUCGAGAAGCUGCAGAUGUCCUCGGAUGACGGCACCAAGAUGCUGUACCUGGACUUCGGUGGCCCCGAGGGAGAAGUUCAAUUGGACCUUCACUGCUGCCCCAAAACCAUCGUGUUCAUCAUCCACUCCUUCCUCUCAGCCAAGGUGACCCGGCUGGGGCUGCUGGCAUGAAUCCACAGAGGGGACACAGCCCCCACCACAUCUAUGCACCUCCCUUCAGACCACCUCCAGCCCGAAGCCCCCCGCUUGGGAUGCGGCCCCCUGCAGGAUGAUGCCAUCCCAGUGCCAUCCUUGGGGGUGGCAGUGCCCGAUGGCUCCAUGCCUCCAUCCCUCCCUACAGUGCUCGGCCAGAGCAGCCCUGUGGACACCACUCGAGUGCCUUGAGAUGAUGUUUUCUGUACAAAGAACCCGUUUGUAUGGCAGUUUUAUAUUUAUAUCACCCCCGGUGCAGAUGCUGAUGGGACGGCACUCGUCCACCUGGGUUCCCCUUGGCACAAGGAUGGGGGUCUGCCUGCCCCCAGCACAGCACAGCUCCAGGGGCCGGAUGGACGGGAGCUGCAGAUCAGCACUAUAUGCCAAACUGUUCCAUGUCUCAGUGUUGUGACAGGAGCUGCUUUUCUUUGGGAUGUUUGGGCCCUUCAUUUUACUUUGCCAACUCUACAUUGUUUUAUUUCUUGGUUCUGGGGGGUGGGGGGCCUGUCAGGUGGCUGCUGGGAAACACGUCACGAACUGAAAGGUUCUGCAUGGAAAUGCCUCUUCUUGUCUGAUUUUGGUCAAAUAAACUCGCAGCUCACACCCAGCA